CUUUCAAUCAGCUGUAAAGCGGCUGAUAGUCACGUUCUGUUCCGCAGUCUGCUCAGUGAGGUUUUAGUUAGGUUGUGUCAAGAUGAACAACGGGAUCUGUGGAUUAAUUAGGAAAGUUGCAUUAAAGAAUCCUAAUCCACCUGUUACUGUGGUGUCCCGAUGUAAUUUCAACAAUGAAGCUUCAUUUGAAACCAAGCCUUACAAAUUACAUAAGCUGGAUAAAGGUCCUAGCACUUCUGUCACUGUCACCCGGGAAGAUGCAUUAAAGUAUUUCCGCCAGAUGUACACUAUAAGGAGAUUGGAGACUGCAUCAAGCAAUUUGUACAAGGAAAGAAUCAUUCGAGGAUUUUGCCACCUAUCAAAUGGACAAGAAGCAUGUGCUGUAGGAAUGAAAGCUGCAAUGCGAGAACAAGAUACUAUAAUUUCUGCCUAUCGUGUCCAUGGUUGGGCUUAUCUUCAGGGUGUAUCUGCGCUCGGGGUUCUGUCUGAACUUACUGGGAGGCAUACUGGUUGCUCUAGGGGCAAGGGAGGUUCCAUGCAUCUUUAUGGCAAAAACUUCUAUGGUGGAAAUGGAAUAGUAGGAGCUCAGGUUCCGCUUGGUGCUGGAAUCGCAUUGGCCCACAAGUAUCUCAAUGACAAAGGAGUUUGUUUUUCCUUGUAUGGAGAUGGGGCUGCCAACCAAGGACAAGUCUUUGAAGCGUACAAUAUGGCAAAAUUAUUAAAACUGCCAUGUGUAUUUGUUUGUGAAAAUAAUGGCUACGGGAUGGGAACAUCAUCAAAAAGAUCAUCAGCUAGUGUUGAUUAUUACAGCAGAGGAGACUACAUCCCGGGUGUCAGGGUUGACGGUAUGGAUGUACUUGCUGUUAGAGAAGCUUCACAGUAUGCUAUUGAUCACUGCACAUCUGAUAAAGGUCCUUUUGUGUUGGAAGUGGAAACAUAUAGGUAUAGUGGACAUUCCAUGUCUGACCCUGGAACCUCUUAUAGGACAAGAGAAGAAAUUCAAGAAGUUAGACUGUCCAGAGAUCCAAUAACAUCUUUUAAGGAAAAAAUGUUGAUUAGUAACUUAGCAUCUGCUGAUGAACUUAAGGCAAUCGAGGUAGAAGUUCGUGCAGAAGUUGAAGAAGCCAAUGUGAGAGCUCGAACUGAAAGCGAAGUUUCGAUCGAAGAAUUAGCUAGUGAUAUUUACAUUAAUCCUCUUGAACCUGAAGUCAGAGGAAUCUCUCCUUUUGAUUCUGUUAAACAUGUUAAUGUUGGAACUCCAUUCAUACCACAUUAAUAAUUAAGAGUCUCUUAUCUGCAGUAAAUACUGAUAUUAUGAUAUAUGAUCUCUAAUAUUUGAGAGGUAACAUCAUAUCAAACUGCCAUACUCACUAGACAAUAAUAAAAAUAAUAAAACAAAUCUGAAGCUAAGAAUUAGUAAAUGAAAAUAAAUACAGGAGUGUUGGAAACAAAUUGUUAAAAGUUUUUAAAGAUUAAAGUGAGUUACAUAAAAUUUACUUUUUACUAUCAGUAUGUUAUUGUUUUGAAUUUUUUUAAACAGAUUUCAUUCAGAGUAAAAAUAAAAUCAAAGGUAAUUGAAUUGUUAAGUUUAACAUAAUGGAUGAUAAAAUCAGUUUUAUCAGUGAAGAUUAAAUAUGAAAUUUCGUCCAAAAUAAAAUUUAGAAACCAAAAAUACUCACUCCUUUAUGUAAUAUAUUUCCAUAUUAGUUGUUUUAAUUGAUUACCUCAUAUUUUAUCAGAAUCUUUACAAUACCUCUAUUUUUUUUAAACUUAUUUAUAUACUUUAUUCUGCUGUCUAAUGUUGAACUGAAAUAGGUUAUUAUAGUCACAACUCAAUUUCAAUGGAUUAAGUUUUGUCUUGAAUUUAAACAAAUAUCUGUUCUAUUCGUUAGUUGUUAUAUUGUAAAAUAUUUUUAAAAACAUGGUAAUUUUCUUUUUUAAGUAUUUAUUUGUCCAUAUUUGCAGUUACAUACCUUUUUCAUGCAUCCCAUUUUCUUUUCCAAAGCUGCUCCUCUCCUUUUAAAUCAUAGAUUAUUUUUCAAAGUUUCAUAUUAUAUAAAUAUUUUGAAUCAUUUAUUUUUUUAAUUAUUUAUAAUUAAGUAUAAUAAUGUAUAAAUUGAAAUAGUUUUAUCUAUACAAAGAAAUAAUACUUAAUCCCCAUUGAAUAAGCUUCCCAUUUCCUUCAAUGACUUUAUGAAUCCGAUACUCAACAGGUGAUAUACAGGAAAAUUUCCUUUACCAAACCAUUCUUUGGGGGUUUAGUUCAUAUAUGUUAUUAAUUGCCAUUUGAAUAGUUGCUUCAAAUCAAUAAUUUGUGGUAUUUUUGUUAUUUAAUCAAAAUAUUUUUAUUUUAAAAGACUUAUUAAAAAUAAAAGGAUCUAAUUUGUUGGUUAUUUAUUUCGAGAUUUUAUAUUAGUAUUUAUUAAAACUUUUUUACAUAUCAUCUUUUUGUUUUCUCCUCUUUGAACUUGUUACCAUUAAGUACAAAAAUGAUAAAAGUAAAACAACGAAAAGUGUCUUUAUAACUCAUAAUUUGUAUAUAUACACAUAUAUUUUUUAUUUUAGCUCUUUUUUUAUCUUUUGAUUUCAAUUAAUGAGUUGUUUUGUGAAAUUCGUUGGAGGAUUUUUCUUCUCUUUAGUAGUCUAAUUAAAUUUUUUUAAAGAUGAGACAUGAUGGCUGAUGUGAAUGAUUUAUUCAGAUUAUUUAUAAGUGAAUAUGAUUUUAAAAAAUCAAAUUUUGAGUGCUAAGUUUUUACUUAUAAAUAUCCAUUUUUCUUAAUUAUAGGUUAAUACUGGUGAAUGUUUCAUUAUAUUCUUUACCAUCCUUAGGAUUUGUCAGUUAACCAAUUUUUUUAGUUGUUUUAUCCAAACUGUAAGCAAGAGUUUUACCAACUCAGCUUUAUCAAAACUAAAAUAUAACUCUCACAAACUAAAGUUCUUUGAUCUGUUUUUACUAACCGUAUUAUGCUUUUUUUUAUUUUGCUUAUUAUUAAAUAUAUUACUAAUUUAAUUAUUUAUUAAGGUUGGCCUGAAUCUACCUCAAAAAUGACCCUGUUUACUAUUUACUCCAACUACUUUUUAUAAACACAUAAAAUGAAUGCAUAUAAAUCUGUUUGUUUUUGAAAAAUUACGGAUUAACAAAAUAAAAUAAAAGUUAUGAGGGUCAAUAAUUAACUAAUUUCUGAUGUUUAAUUCACAUAUAAAACAACCAAAAAAAGUAAUCAUUGAUUUUUAUUUGCAUCACCAUACUUGAAUGAAUUUACAUAAUGACAUCAUUAUCCUUAUCCCUUUAAUCCUUCUGUUUUAAUUAAUGUGUUUAAUGAUAUCCUUUUGAAACUUAUAUAUUCCAGUUCUAUAAGUUUGUAAAAUGUGCCAUAUGAAUAUAUGUUAUAUUUCUUUGUAUAAUAAGUUUUAAGUAGUCAACUCAAUUGUAUAAGGCAGUGAAGUCUUAGAUAUUUUCAUGUAAUUAAAUUCAUAAAGUAAAAGAACAAUAUAUCCUUUUUAUCAACUUUUCUCAUUGUAUCUAAAAAAUUAAUACCUGCCAUAUCAGGACUGCUAAUGAAAAUAUAUUAAUUACACAUUCCGUUAUAUUGUAAUAUUAUUUUUUGUUUUCAUUAACAUGUCUAUGGUUUUAAUACAGAUCAGUUUAUUAUAAAAUGAUAAGUGGCACAUUCUUUCAUUUAUACUCUUCCUCAUCCUUUUUACAAUAUAAUCACUGAAAUUAUUUAUUUAAAGUGUUUUGUUCUCUCCCCACCUGUGAUGUAUUAUUUAUAUCUUUCGCAUUUUACUGUUAAAUGUGGAGUUUUUAUGUCCCACAACUCCUGUAAUGCAUUUAUGUAUACAGACAUAAUUAAUAUUAUGAUGGUGAUAUUCUGUUUUAGAAUAAAAAUAAUAACU